AUGCACGCCUCCGCUGCCGUCCUCGCCUUCGUCGCUGUUGCGGCUGCUGCCCAGACCCCUGUGGCUCCCGUUGCUACUCCCAUCGCUACUCCCGGUGCCCCUACCAACGGUACUAAGCCCGGUCACGGCUCUGGCUCCGGUUCCGGUUCCGGCUCUGGUUCCGGCUCUGAGCCCUCCAACGGCGCCGGUGCCCUUGGCCUCAGCGGUCUCGCUGGUGCCCUCGCCGUUGCCCUUGCUCUGUAA